CUUGGCAGGAAGUUGGAGAUGGAGCGCUUGGACCCCCCUGGUGUCUCCUUGGGGGUCAAACAUUCAGAGUCUUGGUGGGAUGACUCAUCUACUUUGCUCAGGUGAGCUCACCUGCAACCUGCAGCAGCCUACAAUUACACCGUGACACCCCCAACCUUCCAACGCCCACCCUCCUGAUGGAUGACGCCUGCAGACUUGACUUGUCGGCUCUCAAAAGAAAAUGAGCGUCUUCAGGCGGCGAGUCUUGGCGGCGAUGCUGCAGCUCCUCACGAUCUCACUGGCUCAUCAUCAGCUGAGUGAGUCUGACGACCACGUGGCAGCACCACCACCUUCGGGUGGAGCCCAGCUGGGGAUGUGCGGCGACGGGCACAGCGCUUCUUGUUGCCCAGGAUGGAGGGAUGUGAGCGGACUCUGUCAGCCACUUUGCAGGCAGUCUUGUGUGGAAGGACAAUGUGUGGCACCUGACAGGUGUUCAUGCCACGCGGGCUUCCAAGGACCACGUUGUGACCAAGAUGCAAACGAGUGCGGUUUGUCGGCGCGACCGUGCUCCCAGCGCUGCAUGAACACGCCUGGUAGCUAUCGCUGCUUCUGUGAACCUGGACAGCAGCUGACUGUGGACGGACACGACUGUGCCAGACACAUCACAUGUGUCUCCCUGCGAUGCCAGUUUGGUUGCCACGUGGAUGGAGGACAAGGAACAGUGCACUGCCUGUGUCCUCCUGGUCUCCACCUGGCCCUGGACAACAGAACCUGUGAAGACGUGGAUGAGUGCCGGCGUCAUGCCAACCUGUGCCCACCUCGCUGGACGUGCAGGAACACAUUCGGCAGCUUUGUGUGCGUGUGCCAGGCCGGGCGGGUGAUGGGCACGCUGCAGGGCUCGGUGCAAUGCAGAGACGAGGACGAGUGUGUGACGGGCGCCCACGGGUGCAGCCGCCACGCUCGCUGCAUCAACACGGAUGGUUCGUACAGCUGUCAGUGUCUGAAGGCCUACGUGGGCAACGGCCGCACCUGCUGGCCCAGGAGAGCCGCCCAGUCCCCUAAGCCGGCAAAGUACUUCAAUUACAAACUAUCCAAAAGAACGGGGACUAGGAGACCCUCUGUUCAGCUCCAUUGACUUGAGGGUUCCAUGUCCGCCAUCCUAGUCACUGCCGUUGUGUCCUUGGGCGAGACACUUUACCCACCUGCUCCCCGUGCCACCCACACUGCUUUAAAUGGAACUUAGAUAUUGGCUUUCACUAUGUAAAAGCACUUUGAGUCGCUAGAGAAAAGCGCUAUAUAAAUAUAAUUCGCUUCACUUUCACUCGUCAUCAUCUCCCAACAUGUUGGACGUCAGCAAGAAGUGGGACUGGACUUUGACCAGAACUGAACCGUGAUCUUUAAGUGCAGGUUG